GGGGGGGCGGAGGCUCCGUGGAAAUGUGUCGGUGACAUUGAAUGGGGAGACCAAGCGCGAGCGAGGCGCGCGCGCGCACACGCGCACACACGGCCCCGCUCGCUCCGAGAUCCCCGGCCACGUAAGUAACUAUUAAUACCGCCUCGCCGGGGGAUGCGGGCGUGCUGAGCGCGGGGAUUGGCCUCAGGCACCGUCGGCCGUCCCCUUUAAUUUUUAAAUACACGGUCCUCGCUUUUCUCUGGGGGGACAAGCAAGAAAUCAAAGAAGGAGGAGACGAGCCGUCAAUUUUCUCCAAAACAAACCCCGCCGGUCAAAUUUGGGCUCGGGGUAGAAAAAGACGGAGUGGUUGCGAAUUCUUCCAGACGAAAUCCAGUUCUCCAGCGGAGAGGAGCAGCGGAUUGCCGCGCGUUGGAAGCGUCGGGGACGCAGCCCCUCUUGCAGCUCCCGCAGGACCCCGCGAGCUCGUGCUGGCGACAGCGGAGACCGCCGAUCUGUCCUCGUUCUCGCCUGCACGUCUGGCUGCGCUUGGAGGAAGACCCCGGGCGCGAGCGAGCGGCCGCGGCAGGAGCCGGUGCUGACCUCCGCGCGGCGGGCCGAGCCCAGGGCUUUGUCGCGGUCGCUACCUGCGCGCAGCCCGCGCCGCAACUCUUCGCCCAGCAUUUGGCAUCUUUUGUUGGCAGCGCUGACCGCUCCAAGUUAAAUGCUCCCUCGCUAUUUUUCUUUUUUUUGUUUGUUUGUUUAAUUUUUGGAGAGCUUGGAAUCUUGGAAAAGCCUCAGACGCCAUCUACAGUUAAAACGUAGGUAACUGCCCUCUCCCGCACCCCCCCUUCCACGCCCCCCACCCUUUCCACCAAAAAAGGGGGUGCAGCGCGGAUUCUGGCUGCCGUGCGUCGCCAGCCGGCAGACCCGUGCUUGUUUCCUUUCUCUUUUUGUUUGGUUUCCAACGCGUUGGGACCGAGCCGCCGCCGUGCGCGCCCCGAAGACUGCACAAACUCCCGCGGGCUCCUCCGCCCCGUCUGCUAUUCGGAAGCCGGCCUGGGGGUAGCGUCAGGAGCCCGAGCGCUGCAGCUCCGCACCUUCGCAGCCCGGUUACUCAUCCAGACCCACGCUGGGGACACACACACAGAGAAACUAAAAGUGCGGCGAUUCUGCACCUCCCCGGCUGCUUUGGGGUAACAAAAGGACCCGAGUUGCCUGCCGACCCUGGACCCCCGGGAGCCAGGCUCGGAGCAGACGAGGUGUCCCGCGGCGGCGCCCAGUUGGGUGCUUUUAACUCUUCUCCGCGCAGCCCCUCUUCUACCCCCUCCCCUCUCGAUCCUUUUUAAAACCAGUGGCACCGAGGCGCCUGCAGCCGCACUCGCCGGGACUCAUCUCUCCAGCGGGUUUUUUUUGUUUGUUUGUCGUGUGCGGUCCUCACACUCAUGAACAUACACAGGUCUACCCCCAUCACAAUAGCGAGAUAUGGGAGAUCGCGGAACAAAACCCAGGAUUUCGAAGAGUUGUCGUCUAUAAGGUCCGCUGAGCCCAGCCAGAGUUUCAGCCCGAACCUCGGCUCCCCGAGCCCGCCCGAGACUCCGAACUUGUCGCAUUGCGUUUCAUGCAUCGGGAAAUACUUAUUGUUGGAACCUCUGGAGGGAGACCACGUUUUUCGUGCCGUGCAUCUGCACAGCGGAGAGGAGCUGGUGUGCAAGGUGUUCGAGAUCAGCUGCUACCAGGAAUCCCUGGCACCAUGCUUCUGCCUGUCUGCUCACAGUAACAUCAACCAAAUCACUGAAAUUCUCCUGGGUGAGACCAAAGCCUAUGUGUUCUUUGAGCGAAGCUAUGGGGACAUGCAUUCCUUCGUCCGCACCUGCAAGAAGCUGAGAGAGGAGGAGGCAGCCAGACUGUUCUACCAGAUUGCCUCGGCAGUCGCCCACUGCCAUGACGGGGGGCUGGUGCUGCGGGACCUCAAGCUGCGGAAAUUCAUCUUUAAGGAUGAAGAAAGGACUCGGGUCAAGCUGGAAAGCCUGGAAGAUGCCUACAUUCUGCGGGGGGAUGACGAUUCCCUCUCUGACAAGCAUGGCUGCCCCGCUUACGUAAGCCCAGAGAUCUUGAACACCAGUGGCAGCUACUCGGGCAAAGCAGCCGACGUGUGGAGCCUGGGGGUGAUGCUGUACACCAUGUUGGUGGGGCGGUACCCUUUCCAUGACAUUGAACCCAGCUCCCUCUUCAGCAAGAUUCGGCGUGGCCAGUUCAACAUUCCAGAGACUCUGUCGCCCAAGGCCAAGUGCCUCAUCCGAAGCAUUCUGCGGCGGGAGCCCUCAGAGCGGCUGACCUCGCAGGAAAUUCUGGACCAUCCUUGGUUUUCUACAGAUUUUAGCGUCUUGAAUUCAGGAUAUGGUGCUAAGGAAGUGUCUGACCAGCUGGUGCCAGAUGUCAACAUGGAAGAGAACUUGGACCCUUUCUUUAACUGAGCUCAUGCCCCCCAGAAACUUAGCAGGUACCAGGAGUGAGCGAGGGCAGUGGAAAGGAGUUCUUCCAGGGGACACAAAUCGCCUGGCUGGGUAGCAAGAAAGACAUUCAUACUUUUUUCAGUUUCUUGGUUCAGAGAAGGAAAACCUUCAAGGAGCUGACCGACCAUGUAGCAUGGGGGCAAGAGGUGUGGGAUGGGGGUUGGGGUCAGAUGGAUGGGAGCCCCCCCUGGAGCUUGUCUUCCCUAAUGUCGCCUGGGAGACCACCCCUUGCCACUUAGGCCACUUCCGCCUACCCCACUUUUCAUUUUGUUCCAAAAUAGUUGCAGAUCCUGACAAAAUCAAAACUCUCUGCCUCAGACACACACCCUGGCAUCGCACUGUUAGCAUUUAACUUCUUGUUAGGAUUCAGGGAAGGAGCAGUUGGCCAAGAAUUUUUUUUUUUUUUUUCUUUUAAACAAGCCAACCACCUAGCUGGUAAUUAAUGAGGUUCACUUACAAAAAAAAAAAAAAAAAUUCGGUGCACACAGACUGACAUGAAACCUGGGUGCUACA